UUUCUCGUGGAAGGCGUAGAAUUCCGUUUAAGUUGGAGAUUGGACGCCAUGUUGUGCUAGUAACUCCGCGCGACCUAACGCGUCAAAUUACUGCCAAUAUUAUGUAUAUAUGUUUUGAGUUGACUGUGACGUUAGGUAUCUAAUUGAUCAUUGCAUUGUUUCCGCGGAGUGUAUGCAAGUAUUUAUCAUGGAUGAGGUCCCUAUGCUUCAUUAUUUUGUGAUAACAUAAUGGUAGUGUGCGGAUGAGCGACCAGCAGUUGGGGGGUGGUGGCAGAGGGACGCCCCGGCCACCACCCCCGCAGCACCAGGCGGUCAGCGUCGCGCCCGGCCAGGCCGUGCGUAUGCAGCAGGUGCUCACCACCCGCGGCCAGCAGUUCACCCUCGUCAACGUCCCGGGACUCACCCAGGUGAUGCCCGCCGGAGCGACGUCCCUGCAGCAGGCGGGUGUCGCGAGGAUCCUCAACAUCGGGCCGUCGCAGCGCGUGAGCAUGGUGGGGCACGCCCCCGCGAGCAACGGCGUGCCGGACCCCGCGGGACGCACGGUGUCCCUGGUGGCCAUCGGCCAGCCCCUGGUGGGCGCCCUGUCGUCCCCGCCGCGCCAGGCACUGCUGGUGCGGGCCCCCGCCCCGGCGCACAAGAGGCCGCGCGAGCCCCAGGCGAGGCCGCCGCCCAGCGACGAGGUGGCGGCACUGCGCCGGGGCUGCGCGGAGCACCGGGCCAUGCGGGCGGACCGGGCCCGCAGCGACUACGCGGAGAAGGCGGCGGAGCUCAUCUUCCUGCAGGCGGGGGGCGACCUGCUCAACUACCUGGAGUGGCGCCAGGGCUCCUUCUCCCCUCAGUUCCUGCACUUGUUCCGGGUCCAUCGGCUGGACCCGGGGGACGACGACGAGGACCUCACCCCGCUGCUGAAGAGGGCCAGGGUCGCGCCCAGCGUGCCGCCUGCCCCGGUCACCCCCUCCAUCCCCGCCACUGCCGCGGAGCCCCAGCCAGGAGCGCCGGAGGUGAACAGCGUUGGGCGGCCGUCGCCGGCGGACAGGCGCUCCGCCCCGGCCUCGCCCACCAAGCGGCCGGCGGCGGCAGGCAGCCAGGAGCAGAUGGCGGAGAAGGCCCGCCAGGAGGCUCACGUGCUGCAGCGAGUGUCGGAGCUGCAGCGCGAGGGACUGUGGUCGGAGCGGCGGCUGCCGCGGUGCCAGGAGCCGCCCCGCACCAAGGCCCACUGGGAUUACCUGGUGGAGGAGAUGGUGUGGCUUGCCGCAGACUUCGCCCAGGAGCGCAAGUGGAAGAAGGCUGCUGCCAAGAAGUGUGCGAGGUGCGUGCAGAAGUAUUUCCAAGAGAAGGCCAUCCAGGCGCAGAAAGCUGAGAAAGGCCAGGAGCUGAGGCUCAAGAAGAUUGCCAGCAUUGCUGCCAAAGAGAUCAAGACUUUCUGGGCCAACGUCGAGAAGCUGGUGGAGUUCAAGCAGCAGACGCGGCUCGAGGAGAAGCGCAAGCAGGCCCUGGACCAGCACCUCAGCUUCAUCGUUGACCAGACGGAGAAGUACUCGACCAUGCUGGCCGCCAGCAUGAACAAGGGCCCGAGCGCCGCCCCCAGCCUGCAGUCCUCCCGGCGCUCCUCCCCCACCCCGCAGCUGCAGCCCCUCUCCGCCUCCGACGAGGAGUUUGAGCCGCGGGAGGGCUCGACGGACGACGAGGAGACGAUCGCGCGGGCGGAGGAGGAGGACGAGGAUGGGGGGGAGCAGCCGGGGCCCGCGGACGAGCUGGAGCUGCUGCAGCAGGAGGGGCUGGCCCCCCUCGAGGACCUGGAGCUGCUGCGGAACCUGCCCAGCGACUACUACCGGCAGGACCGCCGCCUCCAGGAGGACUCGUCCAGCCCCGACGACGACGAGUUCGUGGUGCCGUCGGACAAGGGCGCGACGGACGACGAGGAGACCAUCCAGGAGGAGGAGGCGAAGGAGCGACACGUGGACCACAGGAGGGAGAUCGCAGAGCUGGAGGCGGAAAACGAACUGAGCAUAGAUGAACUGCGGGCCAAGUAUGCGACCGAUGUGCCUGAGCCGAAUGAUGAGCUGCCGAGUAACUCUGAGUCCUCCAGUGAGGAGGAAGACGAGGCUGACGAGCAGUCUGGCAGUGGCUCGGAGGAGGAAUACCUGCCCGGGAGCGUGUCCAAGGAUGCGGGAGGUCUGAGCCUCAAGGAUCUGCUCGACAACUCCAGUGAGUCGAAGGACAAUGAGGAGAGCAGGAACGAGAUCACGGACGUGGCGGCCCUGGCGGAGAGCAUCCAGCCCACGGGGAACACUCUCUCGUCGACCAGUGUGGUCACCAAGAUCCCCUUCCUGCUGAAGCACACGUUGCGGGAGUACCAGCACGUGGGGCUCGACUGGCUGGUCACCAUGUACGACCGCAAGCUGAACGGCAUCCUGGCCGACGAGAUGGGGCUGGGCAAGACCAUCCAGACCAUCGCGCUGCUCGCCCACCUCGCCUGCGAGAAGGGCAGUUGGGGCCCACACCUUAUCAUAGUUCCUACCUCUGUGAUGCUCAACUGGGAGAUGGAGUUCAAGAAGUGGUGUCCUGCCUUCAAGAUACUCACGUACUAUGGCACCCAGAAGGAGCGCAAGAUGAAGAGAACCGGGUGGACAAAGCCAAAUGCCUUCCACGUGUGCAUUACAUCUUACAAGCUGGUGAUCCAGGAUCAUCAGAGCUUUCGACGCAAGAAGUGGAGGUACCUGAUCCUGGAUGAAGCGCAGAACAUCAAGAACUUCAAAUCGCAGCGGUGGCAGCUUCUCCUCAACUUUCAGACGUUGAGACGCUUGCUUCUGACCGGCACGCCACUCCAGAACAAUCUGAUGGAGCUGUGGUCACUGAUGCACUUUCUCAUGCCUACCGUGUUCCAAUCCCACCGCGAGUUCAAGGAGUGGUUCUCGAACCCGGUGUCUGGCAUGAUCGAGGGCAACGCCGAGUACAACGAGAAUCUCAUCAAGCGCUUGCACAAGGUGUUGCGGCCUUUUCUGCUGAGGCGGCUCAAGACUGAGGUUGAGAAGCAGCUGCCCAAGAAGUAUGAGCAUGUGGUCAUGUGUCGCCUUUCCAAGAGACAACGCUACCUCUACGAUGACUUCAUGUCCCGUGCUAAGACGAAGGAGACGCUGGCCUCUGGCAACUUGCUUAGCGUCAUCAACGUGCUGAUGCAGCUGCGGAAGGUGUGCAACCACCCCAAUCUCUUCGAGGUUCGCCCCACAGUCUCGCCUUUUCAGAUGGAAGGCAUUGUGCUUCACACUGCCUCUCUUGUCUAUGCCGCCCUCCAUUACAACCCCUUUAAGCACGUGGACCUGAAGGCCCUGAACCUGGUGUUCUCGCACUUGGAGUACGAGCUGUCUGCGUUCGCGGCGCACCGGGCCAAGCGCUACUACCUGGGGCGCCGGGCCAUGGAGCAGGUGGACAGCAGUCCGGAAGCUCCGCCCGUCCCCCGGAGUCGCGUCAACCUCAACGUCAAGAUCUCCAGCAAGCAGCAGGAGCACCAGCUGUCGGCCGUCAUCCGGGCCUACAAGCUGCGGCCGCCUCCGCCACCCCUUCCUCCCGCACCGACUGCCGAAGAAACUUCACAGACGGCUCCAUCCGGCGCUGUCGCACAGGAUCGAUGUUCCUUCCAGAUGAUGCUGUCCCAUCCUAGUGGAGUGCAAGCGAUCCCCGUAACGGGACCGGGCCCCGGGGUGGUCCACCCGCAGCAGCAGCAGCAGCAGGCGAGGAAGGCGGGGAUGCUUGCGAUGGACGGCGGCGGCGGCGGCUCCCCGCGCAACUUGGGCUUCGCCCAGCUCGUGUGCACCCCGUUCGGCAAGCAGAUCCUCCUGACUGUCAACCCGUCCACCCAGAGCAUCAGCUCCACCUCCUCGCUGCCGGGCACCACCACUGUGCUGACGGCGAGCGGCCCGCGGGUGACGGUGCUGUCGAAAGGCGUGGACGGCGUGGUCGCCAGCGCGCCCGCCGCGGUGGUGAACCGCCUGUCCACCGGCCUGGUGGCGUCGGGCCACGCCCCGGUGCGGCCGGUCAUGCGGGUGCCGCCCCUGAACGUGGCGGUGACCACGACGUCCGUGGCGACCACCACCGUCACCACGACCACCACUCGCACCAGCGCCGCCGUCACGCAGCCCGUGUUCACCACCGCCGUGCACGCGCUGCGCAACAACGCCGUCGUGCGGCCCGUCGUCGUCAAGAAGGAGGCGCUCGAGGAACCGCGCUCAGUCUUCUAUCUGCCGGAGCUGGAGCGGGCGGAGCAGCAGCGACGGCGGGCCCAGCUGGAGCUGCGCAGCGCCGUGAACAGGCGGCGGGUGGAGCCCUCCCCGCUGUACGGGGCGGACGUGGUGGAGGCCGUGCGCAGGGCGGCGUCCCCCUGCUCCUCCUGGCAGCGGGCCGGCGGUCUGCCCGGGCUGGCGCUCUCCCCACAGCAGAGGGUCACCCAGCUGCGAGACCUCUUCUCCAGGUUCGUGCUGUGCGUGCCAGCGGUGACGGCGCCGGCGCCGCAGCUGCGCGUGUGCCACCCUCCCCCCUCCCGCUUGUGGGAGGAGCAGUGCUGCGAGGAGCGGCUGAGGCGCGAGCUGGGGCCGCGCAUGGCCCUGCUGCACCCGGUGGCCUCCGCCAUGGCCACGCAGUUCCCGGAGCCCCGCCUCAUCCAGUACGACUGCGGCAAGCUGCAGGUGCUGGACAGGCUACUGCGGCAGCUGAAGACCGGACACCACCGCGCGCUCAUCUUCACGCAGAUGACGAAGAUGUUGGACGUGCUGGAGGCCUUCCUCAACUACCACGGCCACAUAUACCUGCGUCUGGACGGCACCACGCGGGUUGACCAGCGGCAGAUGCUGAUGGAGCGAUUCAACGCAGACCCACGCAUCUUCUGCUUCAUCCUGUCAACGCGGUCUGGCGGCAUCGGAGUUAACCUCACAGGAGCGGACACUGUGAUAUUCUACGACAGCGACUGGAAUCCUACCAUGGACGCUCAGGCACAGGAUCGUUGCCACCGCAUCGGGCAGACCCGGGAUGUGCAUAUAUAUAGGUUGGUCAGCGAAAUGACUGUGGAGGAGAACAUCCUGAAGAAGGCCAAUCAGAAGAGACUCCUCGGAGACCUCGCCAUUGAGGGUGGCAAUUUCACCACUGCCUACUUCAAAAGUACCACAAUCCAGGAUCUUUUCAACGUUGACGUUGCUGAGCUGGAUGCAUCGCGAAGAAUGGCAGAUGUUUUGGAGCGGUCCAACAAGCGUGAGAGGAGACAGAAAGAAGAAGCGCAACCGGGCGACGGCGCGGUGUCGCAGCUGCUGCCGUCGUCGCCGUCGGAGGACAAGGCGGCGCUGGGGGCCCUGGAGAGCGCGCUGGCCGCGGCCGAGGACGAGCCGGACGUGCGGGCCGCGCGCACGGCCAAGGCAGAGGCGGCCGCCGAGCUGGCAGAGUUCGACGAGAGCAUCCCGCUGGAGGAGGGGGAGGGCUGUGCCGAGCCCGAGCUGAGCCGCGCCGAGCUGGAGGUGCAGCAGCUUGUGGAGCAGCUGACGCCGGUGGAGAAGUACGCGAUGCGCUUCGUGGAGCAGACCGAGGCGGCCUGGUCGGCCGAGCAGCUGGCGGCCGCCGAGGCAGAGAUCGAGCAGCAGAAGCGCGACUGGGAAGCAGGGCGUCUCCAGGCUCUGCGUCAGGAAGAGGAGCGCCUGGCAGCGGCUGACGAAGACGACGACCAGAGGAACCGGAUCACCUAUUCGCAUGUCGACGCCCACAACCAGGUCAAUACCACUCCCAGCCGCAGGGGGAGGGGCAAGGCGGGUCAGCAUCGGCCUCCCCGUCCCGAGUCACUCUCUUCCUCUUCUUCCUCCUCCUCUUCCUCGUCCGAGGACUCUUCCGGCGAGUCGGUGUCGACCAGCAGGAGCGAGAGUGGGGGCAGUGGCUCGGGCACCGAGUCGGAGAGGAAGUUCGCGAUCAGAGGCGCCCGACAGCGCGUCCUCAACAACCACGGUCCCGACAGCCCGCGCACACGCUCCCGCGGCUCCGUGAGCAUUAACCUGUGGACGCUGGACGUGAGCCCCAUCCUCCCCUCCGCGAGAGGGGCGCACGGCCGCAGGAGGAAGGGUCGGGGCCCCCGUGCGUCUCCGGGGACCUCCCCGGUCGACGAUAAGGACCCCUCGGCGUCGAGGCUCGUCAUUCGCACCAGGCGGUCCUCUACGGUCGGCUUCACCGAUGGCAUUAAGCUGGUCAUCAAAAACGAUUCCUCCUCAGAGUUCCUGUCGAAGAGGCCGUGCAGAAUCACACGCAGAUCUGAAGGAAGCACAACAAAAGAAGACCAGUCGUGUAAGGUGUGGGUGUCUGACAAAACCAGUGAGCAAAUGCCGAUGUGGUGCCCGCCGACGCCGCCUCAGGGAGACAACGACGUGUACAUCGACCACGCGGUGGGGUUCCUGUACGAGCAGACGACCAUGUCCGAGGCGCAACUGCCCCCCGUCUACGUCAAGAAGGAGCUGAAGCGGCGCCACGAGGUUAUGCUGCCGCUGGUGGAGCGAGAAGGCCGGCGGCCGAUCAAAGUGCGCCACAAGGAGGAAUGCGCGGUCGCUCCCCGCUCGCUGUUCGAUCGCUCGCCGUCCGCCAUCGCGAAGAUGCGGCGCGAGAUGAAGCUUCAGAAGUCGCGCGGCGUGUUCCGCUCCCCGGGGCCGCCGCUGCUCAAGCCGGCGAUUGCCCUCGAGCCGGACUCCAGCCCUGAUUGGUCCAUCCUUGAGGACUGGGUCCUGUUGCAGACGCUGCAGUCAGUCCUGGAGCUGCCUCUGAACCUGAGCCUGGUUCCCCCGGGACACGCCCCCAACUGGGAGCUGGUGGCGGACCUGGUUAGUGGCGUCGCACGCGUCUCGCGCACCCCCAAGCAGUGCUGCAACAGGUACGAGUCGGUGAUCAUGCCGCGUGAGGAGGGACGGCUGCUGCUGGAGGGGGGCCCCAAGCGCCAGAAGAAGACGAAGGGCGUGUACAAGCUGGGCGCGGCGCACGUGAAGGGCCACGCCCUGCGCACGGCGCAGCUGCACGCGCAGGACAGCAACGCCGGCGCCACCCAGGCGGCGAGCCGGCGCUUCGAGGUGAUGCGCGCCGUGGCGGGCCACCGCACGCCCACCGUCAAGCCGUGCAUCCCGCACCCCAGCGUCAGGAACCCCAAGCACGCCGCCGUGCUCAGCAACGACAAGAUCAAGUUCGACAGCCCCAUCAUGCCGGUCGACAUCAUCAGCCUGCGCAACGAGCGCCUCGCGCAGGAGAAGCAGAAGACCGUGCAGGCGGUCGCCGCGGGCCUGUCGGCGGACCAGCAGCGCCUGGUGGUGCAGCGGCUGCAGCAGCAGCAGCUGGUGGCGGCCGCCGUGGCCAAGGCGGCGGCGCAGACGCCCCAGCAGGCGGCCGUCGUGGUGGCCGUGAGCAGCCCGUCCCCAGCCCUCGCCGUGCAGGAGAUGGUGUCGGGCGGCCAGGUGCGAGCGGUCGCCGGCACGCCGACGGUGGUGUCGGUGAGCAGCCUGGUGUCGGGGCAGGUGCAGGCGGCCGGCCAGCGCCUCGCCACCGCCAGCCUCGUCGCCUCCCAGCCGCAGGUCGUGGCGGCCGCCGGGAAAGGGGUGGUGGCGGGAUCGGGGGGCAAGGUGCUCAACCCCACGCAGAUCCACUACUACCGGCAGCACGCGCUGCUCAAGCAGCAGCAGAGCCGCAUGCGCGACCUGAAGGUCAUCCAGGCGCAGGGCAGCGCGGGCCAGAAGGUGUCCGUGGCGGUGACCACGAUGGCCGUGGCCAGCGUCACGGCCGCCCAGGGCCAGCAGCGCACCCAGCUGCUGAAGCAGGGCGUGGGCGGCAAGCAGGCUGCCAUCGGGCGGCCCAUGUCCGAGGCGGAGAUGGCGCUGCUGCUGAAGCGACAGCAGCAACUGGCCGCCGCGCAGCAACAGCAGAAGGCGCAGGCGCAGGUCCCCACGCAGACGGGGCUCACCCCCGCGCAGAUCCUGGCGCAGGCCGGCCUGCAGGUACAGCAGGCGGGCAGCAGCGGGGCUGCGCAGGUGGCGACCCUGGUCAAGACGGUGGGGUCGUCGCAGAGCGUCACCAUCCCGGUGGCCAGCAUGACGCUGCCCGGCGUCAAGAGCCCGUCCCAGCAGCACCAGCUGCGCCAGCUGGCGCUCCACCAGCACCUCAUGCAGCGCAAGCUGCCCGCGCAGAAGGUGGCGCAGUUGGCCCAGGUAGCUGGGAAGGGCGGGCUGCCCACGCAGCUGAUCGUGCAGUCGCCCAAGACUCUGCAGGGCAACGUCACCAUGCAGCAGAUACACCACCUGGUGAAGACCGUGCAGCAGCCUCACAUCACGCACGUGUCGAGCGGCGGGGCGACGGCCGGCCAGGUCAUCUCCCACACGAUGCUGGCCAAGGCCCCGCAGGUGUCGGCUGCCACGGGCCGCCUCAUCUCCGCCAGUGCCGCGCAGCCCGGCCUCAAGCAGAUACAGCUGUUGCAGGUGGUGACAGCCACGCCGGGCGCCCGCUCCUCCAUGUCCAACGUGACCAUAGACGCGAGCGGGCGAGCCCAGGUGACGCCCGCCUCCACGCUGGCCUCCGCGCUGGCCGGCAUCAAGGUGUCGCCGUCCGUGUCCACCGCGCAGCAGCACGCCAUACUGUCCCAGGUGAGCGCUGCUCUCCAGGCGCAGACGGUGACUCUGCGGCAGUCGACGCAGCAGAGCCCGCUGCGUAUCCAGACCUCGGCGGCCGGCACUCCCAUCAUGGCUGUCACCAUGCAGCAGGCCCCGCCCCCUGCCCCCGACCAGACGCAGUGAAUCUUCAAGACCUCUGUGACUGGUUACAGUACAGCGUGCAGUUGAGUGUUAGAUUUUAGAGCAGUGCUUCAGUUUAUACAGAAGACAGUGGUUUUUGCAUAGCGAGAAAACGCUUCCGAACUUUUUCGACAUCAGUUAGUGUUGUCAACUGAUAGCUUUAAGAAAGUGGUUGUAUAUAUAUUCUUGUUAGGUUUCCUUGGUACCUGUUGACAGUAAGUACUUUUCAAAGAUCUAUCUUCUGUAUAUAUUUUUUUAAUUUCACUAUUGUGGUUAUCUAAUAUUUGUAGGAACACUUGGUUUCGUACUUAACGACAGAUGUCAAAACUGUUUUGUGGAAUAUGUGUAUGGUAUCGCAUAUUUGACGCAGCCCUGCGUCCUUGAAGCCGUGGGCCUUAAGUGAACCUUUGUGCCCUAUUAGAAUCUCUCAGCCCAGAGGGAAAAUUCAUUUGUGCAAGUUUUAAGUGUUUUAGUGUGUGUAAGACAGUAUUUUACUUACUUAUAAAUUGUAUUCUGUACCAUUGAGAAUGUAAUUGCUUCAAGUGUGAGAAUAGAUACAUUUUGUGCAUUUUAUUUUACAGAGAAAAUUUUUUUUAAGAAGUUUUUGAACUAAUUCUUUAUUGUGGAUUUUUUUUUAUACCAAUGCUGUUAUGGUCAAAAAGUGGGUGUUGUGAUAACUUUAUGAAAUACGUGUAGUAUGUUUCACAUUCUUUUGGGUAAUUUGAGCUUUUCGUUUUGUUCUUUGUUGCAUUGUGCCGACAUUGAUCUGCAGAUAGUACUGCUUGCUUAAAAAUAUAAUGGUUAAAAAAAUUUUCUUGAGUCUUUUGUAAAGAUAAAUUCACAGUAAUUGAACUAACAUUUUUAGUCAUUGUAAAAAAAGAAAUUGCACGGUACCCUAAGAACACUAUAAAUAUUCUUCAUCAUAAUUAUUCAGUGAUUUUCACAUUUUUCUGCAUUUUGAUGUUUUACUGUAUGUAUUGCAGUUUGGAAGUUUACAGGACAGUAGAUAGUGUAUUAUUAGAACUUUAUUAAAUUACUCCACCGGCAAUAAUUUUAGUGAUUACCAAUACAUUUUUCUAUUAAGUAAAUGAAAGGGUGGUUACUCAACCAGAAUUGUUGGGAAACCGGCUGUGAAUUGUAUUGCUGUCAAGAUGUAUUAUUAAAUGUGAUGAAUCAUUUUGGGGGGUAACAAAAUGACUGCAUACUACAUCACUUAUUGCCACUUUUUUCACUGUUUAUUACUUAACGCUGUGCUAAUAAAACACACCUGCCAUAAGUUUUUCUUUCUUCCUUUUAGUUUUCAAACAUGAUAAAAAAAAACCUGCAGUAGCAGUUUUAAAAAUCUUGUGAUGCACUGAUUUUGAGUUUGGAACAAAUACUACCUAUUGUAGCUGUUUCCAUGGUGCUGCUUCCGGAAAAAUUUUAUAUAGUUUUUUUGUUUCAGGGUCCAAAAACCCAAAACUCAAAAGUUUAUGUACAUGUAUCACAUUUUUUGUGGACACGAUAACUGCCAUAAGUUUUCACAAAUCACUUCCAAACUGCUACAUAAAAUAUAAACAUGGAAAAUCUUGGUCGAGUUUGUUAAUGGGCAAUAUCAGACCAAAACCAAACGGAGUAGAAAUGGAGAAGAUUUUUGGAAAAAACAGAAAAAUUGUAGGAGUAAUACCAGAAACUUUUUUCUAACAACAUUUGUGAUAUGGUGAACCAUAUCUGUAAGGGAUGAAAAAACAAGGGUUAGAGGACAAAAAAAAUCAUAACUCUAUUUGUAGGCACACUUACCGUUCAAAAUGUUUAUAAAUCUUGUAAUUUUUAUCCAAAACUUUUGUCUGAAACUGUUUUUUAUAGUACACACCAUUAUUGCAAGGCCUGGGGUUGGAAUAAGAAAUUAAAAACUUCCCUACCAUGACAACUAGCUAUUCCAUUAUUAUUUUUGUUUAUCUUUAUAAAUAUUGUCUAAAAUUAUUGUUAAAAUAAAUUUUUAUCUAACCAACCAUUACUGCAAGGGGUUGAAAUAACAAGGUUUGAAAGUAAAAUAUGAUCAUUACUUUUUUUAAUAGAUACACUAUCAUAUUGAUAAUAAUUUAUUGUACGAAUUCUAAACUUCAUCUAAAACUUUGGCUGAAACAGUUUUUGAUGAAACAAAUUAUUACCAUGAAAACAUGGGUUUAAAUUUUAAAUCAAUUCAAAACUUUCUUAGUAUUGAAUUAGUUCAAAUUUAUUUGACCACAUUAUUAGUGCAAGAGAUGAAAAAUAGUGUUUGAAGGUAAGAAAAAUUAAAUAAUUACCUUAGUUGGCAUAUAAUAUAAUUUCAUUCGAAGCUAUUCAGUGCUGCUUUCUAAACUAUUCAAUGCUGCAUACAUUAAAUUAAAAUAUUCGUAAUAAUUUCAGUGCAUGGAAAAUGAGCAAAUAUUUAAUCUGUCAUUUUGUAAUAUUGGAGAACAUAAAUGUGUUAUGUACAUUAAAUUCUUAAAAUUUUCGAAAAGUUUAUAGAGUAUUCAAAAUAUUUUCAGAAUAAAUAGGUACGUACUUAGAAAUAUACCUACGCCUGUAGGCUGUGCAUAUUUUUUUAGUCUGUUGUAAGCUUCAAACCUGGAAUUUGUUAAUUAUCAGUACAGUAAAGAGAGGAUUAUUUAAUCCAGAUUGUUAUAAACAGUAGCUGUGUGGAAAUAGCGAUUUUGCCUAAUUAAUUUUUGAAUGUCAAAUAUCUGUUUUAAAAUAAACAUUACAGAUUAUACUUAAAUGUACGAGUUGGGCAGAGUUAUAAGUUAUAGCGUUUGUUGGAUUUCAACAAUUGCAUGAAUCCACUCAUGCAAGUGUUUUGAUCGGUGCCGUAUUUACAAUGUGUGUCUAUCUGAAGAAUGCCAGAUUGUUAAAUUUUGCUCAUUUUAUACUAAGACAAAAAAAAAACAUUGGAUUCAGGUCAUUAAUGAGACUGCUGAGGAACACACGUUAACCCUGAAUUCAAGCCUCCCUUAUUAGUCAUGCAUACUGGUAGACUACAUGACUGUCAGUUAAAUAGUUUAUCUUGCAAACUUAAAUAUUCAUUACUUGAUCUAUUCAUCUCAUAGAUUAAUUUUUAACACGGAGUCAGCAAUGUUUUUUUUUUUUUGCAGAAGUAGACUAGAAUGUAGCCUAUAAUUUUGAGAAAGCUUGUCUUACUGAAUGAUUUCCCAUUGCUGAUUUCCAAGCACUAAUAUGAAAUUAGUCAAACAAAAUUUUUUUGUAUUCAUUAUGGGGGAUCUAAAUUAUUUAUUGAUGGUAAUAACUCCGAAUCAUUUUUAGUAUAUAGACCUAUUUUUGAAGUGAAAGUUGGUGCGAUGUCAUUCUCAUAGCAUAACCAAAAGUGUUACGCUCAUAGAGUAUCAAAAAGUGCAGCGAUUGAUGGCGUGUUUGAAUUAAAGCACAUGCUCAUACUUGCACACUUGCAUAUUUUCUCACUGGCAUACAUGCACCCAUUUUAUAUCUCUAUCUGUAUCCUGAAAUAUGCUGUGACAAUUUGUAAUAAAACUGAGUUGGGAUUCAACAGU